AUGUGUGUCAUCGAUGUAAUAGAGGAUAAUAUGUUGCAGACAAAGGUGUGUAAAUACACAUUCUACAAUCUAAGCUGUUCCAUUGUCAAGAUCAUGGAACUCGUAGCAUGGUUUCUGAUAACCGGGCUUAUUUCGUUUCACAUCACAUAUUCAGAUGCUCAACCAGCUGAUGUCAACGUAAUCGAAAAUGGAGCUAAUGGUGAUGGCAAAACAGACAGUACCAGAGCUUUCAACAAGGCUUGGGAUGUGGCAUGUGGUAUCACAGGCGCCAGUGCUAAAUUAGUAGUUCCUCAAGGGCGGUUCUUGGUGAAACAAACCACAUUUAAAGGGCCAUGCAAGGCCGCCAAGAUCAUUGUAGAGCUUGGUGGUACAAUUGUGGCACCAGAUACACCUAAGGCGUGGGACGGAUUGGAUGCUGGAGUUUGGCUAGUAUUUGAAGCAGUGAAUGGAAUGACAUUGGAUGGAUUAGGCAACAAAGGUGGCUUCAAUGGCAAUGGCAAAGGCUGGUGGGAUCAGUCAUGUAGAUACCAUCCCGAUUUGAAAGGCUGCACCAAGCUAGCACCCACAAGUUUAAAGUUCUUUAAGAGCAACAACCUAAGAAUCAAAGGAGUGAAUAUUGUACAGAGUCCGCAAACUCAUGUACUGUUGUUUAAAACCGACAGAGUCACUAUUGACUCCGUUAAUAUCGAUUCUCCUAAAGAUAGUCCUAACACUGAUGGCAUCCACAUCCAAUCGGCCAACGGAGUGAGCAUUAGUAACUGCAAGAUCAAAAAUGGUGAUGACAAUAUCUCUAUUGGUGAUCACUGCCUCAACAUUAAAAUAAACAAUAUUGAAUGUGGACCUGGAGGUCAUGGCAUAAGCAUUGGAAGCUUAGGCAAGGAUGGAGGUCAAGUAGAAGUGAGGAAUAUUCAUGUUAAAAAUGUUUCUUUCACCGACACUACAAAUGGAGCUCGAAUCAAAACAUGGCAGGUUGGGAAGGGAGUUGUUCAAAAUGUCAUAUAUGAAGACAUUAAGCUUGAAGCCUGUGAAGCCCCAAUAGUGAUUGACCAAAAUUACUGUGCGGUCCGAGGUGCUUGCAAAGAAAAAGCAGGGUCGGGAGUUCAAAUAAGUGAUGUGGUGUUCAAGAAUUUCCAUGGGACAGCGGCAUUAGCAGAAACAAUACAAAUGGGAUGUAGCAAAUCAUUCCCGUGCAAAGGGAUAACACUGGAUGCCAUAGACUUGUCACCGGCCAAGGGAGUGCCUUGUAAAGCCAUAUGCACCGACGCCCAUGGGACCGAGAAAGGAACUGUUAAACCAGGCCCCUGUCUUCUUGCCCAGGCUAAUGAGCUUUAGACCUCCUCCCUUACAUAUCAAAUUUUGCAUCGGCUUAGUUAAUCAAAUAAUUAGUCAUUGAGUGAUUUUAUAUCAUGGAUUUAUUGGUGUCCACGAUAAAUAUAUAUAGUUAACAUCGCCAUAGAAUCUGUUCUUAUAAAGGAUACAAAGAAUAAGCGACACACGCGACAGAUCUAGAUUAAACAAUAAACUGCUAGUUUUUAAGACAUGCUAAACAAAUUGUACAGAUCGUUAUAUUUGCAAAACAAUAUCAAACCAAAAAAUAUAAUGUGGUGCUAAAUCGGAGUAAGAAUUCUAUUUACAGAGCCAAAGAAUCCAGAUAACUUUGUUGAUCAGGCUUGAGUGCUAGCAGCCAAUGAAGUACAAUAAUUGAGUCCUCAAUGUUAUUCUAUUUUGUUUGGUAUUAAAGGAGAUGGAAUCCU